CUUAAAUGGAACAUAGAUAUCAACUUCAUUGGCCUAGCACGUUUAACUCAGGUAUUUCUACCCUUGGUCAGGAGGUCGAAGGGUCGAAUUGUUCUUGUUAGCAGCCUCUUGGCACGGAUACCGAGCCCUGUUCGAGGCAUUUAUUGCGCGCUUAAGGCCGCUAUAGAAGCUUGGGGCUCUUGCUUAAGAUUGGAGAUGCGGAGAUGGGGUGUGGAUGUUGUAAUUGUCGAAACUGGAGAAUACGUGUCUGGUAAUGCAUGGCUAAAGGACAAUACUGCAUUGUUAGAGCAGGCUAGAGAUAUGUGGACUCAAUUGGAUCCCCAAACUCGUAAGGAAUAUGGUCAAGAGUUGUUUCAGGCGGAAAUGUUGGCUUUAGAAAAGUACACUCAGGGACCAGAAGCAGAUUUAACCGCUGUUACGAGAACCCUAACGGAUGCUGUGGUAAAGACUUUCCCGAUGCGACGGUAUACACCUGUAACGCGCAGUGAAAGAAUGCAAGCAUUGUGUAAUCAUUAUCUGCCAAAACCAAUUUAUGACAUAUUGUAUGAAAAUUAAAUAUAUCUCCUGCGCAAUAUAUAUAUAUAUAUAUA